AUCUGUCACCGCGAUUUCCAGAAGGACAGAGAACUUGCGGCCGAGAUAUAAGCCCCGCAGGGAAGGCGCUGAGCAGAGGAAGAGGCCACAGCCCGACCUGCAGCAGUCCAGCCCUUGGGACGCCUUUCGCUGGCCACUUGCUCAUCCCUGCUUCCGGAGCUGUCGCCAUGGUGACGGUGCGCAGGCCGUGGCCUGCCGUGGCCACAGUGCUGCUGGCCCUGCUCGCCUGCCUGGGGGCGCUGGUCCAGGCUUACCCCUCCAAACCCGAGGCUCCCGGCGAAGACGCCUCGCCCGAGGAGCUGAGCCGCUACUACGCGUCGCUGCGCCACUACCUCAACCUGGUCACUCGGCAGCGGUAUGGGAAACGCGACAGCCCCGAAGCGGUCCUCGCGAAACUGCUCUUCCCCGACGACGAGGACCGCCGGGUCAAGACACGGCCAGAAGACCUGUACAUGUGGUGACGACCUCAGGGGCUCCUGGGAGAUAUGCUAA